GCGGCCUCGCUCCCUUCCAAGGGCAGGGCGCGGGGGAGCGGAAGUUACGCCGUGCCCUGGCGGAAGCGCUCGGCCCGAGGCGGCGGGGGCCCUGCGAGCGGGGCGGAGGGAGCGGCGCCGACGGACGCUCCUAUUGCAAAAGCUGCUGUUGAAAAUAAAUAAUUUUUUUAUAAAAAGAGAAUGGAUGGAGAAGAGAAAACAUACGGUGGGUGCGAGGGCCCAGAUGCUAUGUACGUGAAGUUAAUAUCUUCUGAUGGCCAUGAGUUCAUUGUAAAAAGAGAGCAUGCGUUAACAUCAGGAACAAUAAAAGCUAUGUUGAGUGGACCAGGACAGUUUGCAGAAAAUGAAACAAAUGAGGUGAAUUUUAGAGAGAUCCCAUCCCAUGUCCUAUCCAAAGUAUGCAUGUAUUUCACCUACAAGGUCCGCUAUACUAACAGCUCUACGGAGAUUCCUGAAUUCCCAAUUGCACCUGAAAUUGCACUGGAACUUCUGAUGGCUGCAAACUUCUUAGAUUGUUAAAUAAAAUAAAUUAUAAUAAAAAUGUAAAACUUUUUUCAGUAUUUAAUACAUGUAGUUCAGUUAGUAACUUUUUCAGAUAGCAUGUUGCGUGUGUGCUGUUGAGAACUGUAAAGUUCACUGCAGAGGCAAUUGCCUUCAGUCCUUUUGCAUAUAGCAAUCAUUCAGUUGAAAUUUGUUUUGCUGCUUACACAAAUAAGGACCUUUUCACAACCGAGACAAAUAAACAAAUAUGCCAAUUAGUAGAUGGCUAUGCCUUAUCCUUUAGAUGUGGUAGAAGUUUCUUUUAAUACAAUGACCGUAUAAAAUACUGGAGUUUAGUCUAAUGUUCUCUAAAAGGUAAUUAUAGUUAAACACAAGUAGCUGUUUAAAGUUUCUAACUUUCUCUUACUGUUAAAGUUUCUAAACAUCUGAACUUAAUCUCCUUUGUAAGAUAGCUGUUCUUUAGCAUAGUUAUACUAACUAGAUUAGAAGUGCCCUCUCUAAGGUUUGUAUAUUGACAGCAAUAUUCCAUUUAAGUUGGAAGUGAAGUAUGUAGGAGAAUGUUUAAGGCUUUUAAUUUAAAUCAUAGUAUAGACAUUUGAAGAAAGUGUGUUUGAUGCGUUUUUCUUUUAUAACCUAAUUUUUCCCCUUUAGUAAUUAGAAAUACUUGAGUCACCUGUCUGUACAGUAAGACUAUGAUCGUACUGACAGUGGCUUUUAAUCUGUCUGCAUUACCUUCUGUAUAACAUGUAAGGUUAUUCUUAAUGUACCGUCACUUGACCUGAUAUGGAUUUUAUAUGGUUUCAGUUAUGGUUUAUUUCCACUGUUGUGAUGGAUUAUGUGAAGUCUGUAUUUAAUCUUUAGAGCAGUAGUCAUUCAAAUUUUCUAUCAUAACAACUGAAAAGAUAGUUAUCCUAUCUUUUACCUCUUCUCUGACCUCUCCCUUAAAUCCACAAAAAAAAGACGGGACAUGUGGAGGUCUUGUAUUUGAAGGAAAGGGCAUUAAGCAGAUGUUUAUAGAGCUUUUUAAAAAAAAUAAUAGUUAUUUCCAAUGUUUUUACAAAUUUUUUAGAGGAAAAGGAUUGGCAAGCCACUCACAUAAUACUAGAGUGAAACAUCACCUCUUGGUAAUUCCUGUUGGUAAUUGCCUAUACUAUAAAUUAUUUGUUUGAAACAAAUUUCCAUUUAAAGAAAAAAGAAAAGCUUAAACUGAGACAAGAAGUUGCUUUUUGUUCAGUCGCAGCCUGAAGAACCCUUCUGCCAAAGUCAUCUGUAAAUGAGAAUGUAUUGUGAAAAAUGAUGCAAGAACAAUGUAGUUAGCAUUUCCAUCGGCUGUCUCUGCUUCAGAUUUUUGAUUAAGAAAUGAUUGUGGUCUUUUAUAGAAAAGUCCUGCUGACAGAUGGUGGGACCUCUUCGUUGAUGUAUUAACUGAUUGUGAAUUUAGAGGGUUAAAACUCUUCUCUAAACCUUAUUGCCAACAUAAGUACAACCUUUGAGGUUUUCCAUGCAAAAACCGGUAACUUUAUACAUAGACUAUGCAGUCUGCCCAUGGAGGAGUUCAGUUCUGACAAAAGAAAUCUUACUCUGGACUUGAGCAAUGCUUGAUAGACAAGCUGACGUAUGUCAAUGUGUUGAUAGAUUAGCUGACGUUUAUUCACAUCACAUACUUUGGCACAAUUUAUCGUGUUUAGUGUGGGGAUGUUUAUAACUAGAUUGGUUUUGCAUGAUAAAGCUGAAGUGUACUGCAAAGCGAUUGUCUGAAAUCCUAUGUUUGAGCACUCUGGUCAGUGCUAUUAGUAACUCAUUUUCAAGAGCACUAAAAGAAAAUGAACACAAAACCAGAAACACCCUAUUAUGCUGCUUUUGUUAGAGCCACUAGGAAUAUACCCUAAAAGUUAAGGGAGUACUGACAUGGAUAUUUUAGUCCCAACUACAUUUGUGUCUGAGCGAAUCUUAAGUUCUUCAGCCAUUUUUAAUAGUCUUGAGGUUAAUGAGUUGAAGCUCAAAACUGUUUAGUUUAAAACUGAAGUAAAAAGGAUGUCAUAAAAUAUUUUUUUUAAGUAACCCAAAACAAUUUCCUGUCAAAAUGCAUCACAUUUUAUGAUUCCAUACUUCAGCAGUAAUUUAAAAUAGCUGUUUUAUUUCUGAAUGAUAAUUUCAUUGUUUCUUUUUUUCUUCAGCUUAAUGUAUCAUACAGAAGCUUUGAACACUCAGGAAAUGCAGUAGUGUCCUAGAAUACACUAUUUGCAAAACCACUGGCUGUUAAGCAAACUAACCUGCAGAUUUCUAAGGGGGAGGGGGGCAGAGGGAAUUAGUGCAAUUUACUUGGUAGUGACAUGGGUAUGCUAUUAACAGACAAUUGGAAACUUGCCACGCUUAACCCCUGAGUUCUAAAUAAAUUUCAAAGUUGAAAAUUUUUAAAA